AUGCAGCCAAUACCGGGAACGGAAUCCAAGGUCAAGCACUUCCUUCGCUUCGAGUUGUUCAUACCACACCUAUUUUAUAACUUGGGUUACGGAAACCGGCCUUACGUUGAUAGUGCUGACAGUGACUGGGGAGUUACUGUCGCCAUCCAAUCGAACGAUACUUUCCAGAGGAGUAAAUGUAAACCGCCCAAUUCACCAACUUCCACUGCAUUUUUUGAGCAAGUAAUAUGCUCUAGUUCAACGAGGCUACCUCCAGUCAUUUGGCUCGAGCUCAUGCGAAUGGCCAAAGAUGACGGCGCUUUCGCUCCGAUCGACAUCGACUCGCUAGAUUCUUUUCCUAUGAAUCUGUGCAGUCGCAUUGUUGGUUGGAUGAUGGACACACGGGAAGAUAAAGACGUAUUUCCACGUGUUUCCUUCGAAAUCGCAGCUCAAGCCUACUUCAUUGACGAGUUAACAGCCAACUUGUUGAACAUGCUUUCUGUGUUUGAUAAAUUGGCCGAUGAAACAUCUUUUUCUCCUGCCUUCAAGUUCGCGCUGGCUUUCAUCCGAUAUCUACUUCAUCGCGUCAAACUGUCUUCUUUUGACCUCUAUACUCAAGAUGCCUAUCGCAGGCACAAUCCGUCCUCUGGAGAUACGUCACAUCAAAGAAUAUUCCUGACAAAGAAACGCCGCCCUUGUGGAUCUCGUGGAACACGUCAGUUAUAG